GCACCACAGGUGGCCGCCGCCCAGGCCGAGUCGAAGGAGGCCAGGCUCCAGAGGCAGAUGACACAGCUCCAGAGGGAGGCCGAGGCUACGAUGCAGAGAGAGGGCAAUUGGGCCGACAAGAAUGGGAUCGACCUGAGCGGCAAGGCGAAGACCCAGAAGGAGGAGGAAGAGGGGCAGGCGCUGGUCUGGGCGUUCAACGCCCUCUUCCUGGGCACAAUCUACGGGUUCUUGAACGGCACGAUCGGAUGGUGGAACUACGACGAAAACGGCAGGAAGCUCACCGCUGAGGAGUACAAAAAGGCGAACGGCGUCGACAAGCCGAACCUCCCGGGGAGCUGGUGA